UGAGAUUUGAUAUACAUGUCCCAUCUCUUUAAUAUUCUUCCUCUGCUCCAGGGGAUUUCCUGACCUGCCUGGCAGAUUCCAAUGAAUCACACUGAGCUCUAGUAAAAAGACAUUGCUCUGGAGACCGAGCUGAACAUUAAAGGGACAGUGGCUGAUUCUGGUCAUUUCAAAAUCUGAGGAACUUGGCAGCUUAUGCUUUCAAUGUGGAAAUCUAGAAAUGAAGGACAGCAGUAGAAAAACUGGAGUUAUUACGUUCAUGUGCAAGUGCUAAAGGAAUUUGAAUUUCAGGUGCUCGGCUUAUUCAAACUGACUUUAAUUGGAGCACCCCGGAGCCGCACAGCGCCCGCCGCCCAGGGCUGACACGCGGCUGGGCCACGGCGAGCCGCAAAGCUGCUGUCCACGUGGACCGGAGCUGAAAUCCCUCGUCCGGCGGCCACCAGAGCCUCCCCCGCCAAGCCCCGAGACAUGGCAACAAACGGCACGAAGGUGGCCGACGGGCAGAUCUCCACGGAAGUUGACGCUUCGAUCACCAAUGACAAGCCUAAAACUUUGGUAGUAAAAGUGCAGAAGAAGAAGACGGACCUUCCGGACCGAGAUACCUGGAAAGGAAAAUUUGACUUUCUUAUGUCCUGUGUAGGUUAUGCCAUUGGUUUAGGGAAUGUGUGGCGGUUUCCAUACCUCUGUGGAAAGAAUGGUGGAGGUGCAUUCCUGAUACCUUAUUUCCUAACUCUAAUUUUUGCUGGAGUGCCACUGUUUCUUUUGGAGUGUUCCCUUGGUCAGUACACAUCUAUAGGAGGCCUUGGAGUGUGGAAGCUUGCUCCAAUGUUCAAAGGUGUGGGAUUAGCUGCUGCAGUCCUUUCCUUUUGGCUAAAUAUUUACUACAUUGUGAUUAUUUCAUGGGCCAUUUAUUACCUGUAUAAUUCCUUUACAACUACUCUUCCCUGGAAGCACUGUGAGAACCCAUGGAACACUGACCGCUGCUUCUCCAAUUAUACCUUAGCAAACACCACCAACAUGACAAGUGCUGUGGUUGAAUUCUGGGAACGCAACAUGCACCAGAUGACUGAUGGAUUGGAAAAACCAGGGCAGAUCCGAUGGCCGCUAGCAAUUACUCUGGCAAUUGCCUGGAUUCUGGUUUAUUUUUGUAUCUGGAAGGGGGUGGGCUGGACUGGAAAGGUGGUGUAUUUCUCUGCUACUUAUCCCUAUGUUAUGCUGCUUAUCUUGUUCUUCCGUGGUGUUACACUGCCUGGAGCAAAGGAAGGCAUUUUGUUCUAUAUAACUCCCAACUUCAGUAAGCUUUCAGACUCUGAGGUUUGGUUGGAUGCUGCCACACAGAUUUUCUUCUCCUAUGGUUUGGGUCUUGGUUCACUGAUUGCCCUUGGAAGUUACAACCCUUUCCACAAUAAUGUUUACAGGGACUCCAUCAUAGUGUGCUGCAUAAACUCAUGCACAAGCAUGUUUGCAGGCUUUGUCAUCUUCUCCAUUGUUGGAUUCAUGGCUAAUGUCACAAAGAGGCCCAUUGCAGAUGUUGCAGCAUCAGGUCCUGGACUGGCAUUUCUAGCUUAUCCAGAAGCAGUGACACAGUUACCAAUUUCUCCUUUGUGGGCAAUACUGUUCUUCUCCAUGCUGCUAAUGCUUGGAAUUGACAGUCAGUUCUGCACUGUCGAAGGAUUCAUAACAGCUUUGGUGGAUGAAUUUCCAAAGUUACUGCGCAAUCGAAGGGAAAUCUUCAUUGCUGUUGUGUGUAUUGUUUCCUAUCUGAUAGGGCUGUCCAACAUUACUCAGGGUGGAAUCUAUGUGUUUAAGCUUUUUGACUACUACUCUGCCAGUGGGAUGAGUCUCUUGUUCCUUGUAUUCUUUGAGUGCAUCUCCAUAUCCUGGUGCUAUGGUGUUAAUAGAUUUUAUGACAACAUCCAAGAGAUGGUGGGAUACAGACCCUGCAUCUGGUGGAAACUCUGCUGGUCAUUUUUUACUCCAAUCAUUGUGGCAGGAGUGUUUAUCUUCAGUGCUGUCCAAAUGACUCCUCUCACAAUGGGAAGUUAUGUUUUCCCAAAAUGGGGCCAAGGGGUUGGCUGGUUCAUGGCUUUGUCUUCUAUGGUGCUGAUACCAGGCUAUAUGGCAUAUAUGUUUCUUACUCUGAAAGGCUCCUUGAAACAGCGCAUCCAAGUAAUGAUUCAGCCCAGUGAAGACAUCAGUCAUCCUGAAAAUGGGCCAGAUCAGGCCCAACAGAGCAACUCCGCAAACAAAGAAGCCUACAUCUAAACUUCUGCAUUACAAAAGUACAAAUACUACUCCAGAAAAACAAAAAAUAUGGUUGAAUAUGACCACAAAUUUAAGUCUGAGAAUAUAAUUACCUACCUCUAGUGGCAAAAAAAAAAAAAAAAAAGAAAAAAAGAAAAAAAAAGAAAAAAAGAUAAAAGGUCACCUCCAUUCUAAGGGAAUCGCCAUAGGUAUGAUCCAACCAUUGUGCGAGCUCAGAUGUUGACAGUAUUUUGUGUUCUCUGGCAAUCCACAGACUGUUAAUGUUUUUAUCCUUUCAGAACAAUAGUUGCAUAUCUUGGCAUUUGUAAACCGAUGUGCAAAACCUUUUUAAUCUACCUUUUAGCACGACUAUUUGAAGUUUUGUGCUACUGAUUUUUAGUAGUUUAUCAGUACUUCUUACCACUGAAUCCCAAGACUGUUAUUUCUGACUUUGCAGGAGUAAAAUUAAGUUUGGAAUUGUUUUGUACAAAAGAAUGACGUAUUUUGUAACCAAGUGAUUUGCAGUGAAAAAGUCUGCCCUUAAAAUUUGUUCUUGUCAAGGCCAUUUGAGCAGGGAGAGACUUCUUUGAAUUAACUGAGAGUCACAGUAGGCAUAGCCUUUACGAACAUUCCUACUACAAAUUAAGUUAUUAUAUGGCUAUUUGUAGCAAGGCAGCAUAGCAGGGCUGCAAACACUACCUGUUCUUAACCUUUCAGGAUAACUUUCACACAAGAUUGUGGAUUUUUUUUUUAAAAGCAUAUACUCUAUCUUAUAAAAAGAAGUCAUCUCUGUGAAGCAGCACUGCAUGAAUCGCAGAUGUAUGGGCAAAAAUGUGACUUCUAACUUUUUUUUAGGAAGAUGAGAAGUAACAUGCAAUUCUUAAGAGCUCUUAAAUACUCCCAGCAAAAAAAAAAAACAAAAAAACAAAAAAGAAAAAAAAAAGAAAUACAGGGUAUUUGCAAUUCAAGCUCAGAG